UAUCCGGUUUAUAUUUUAGCACUUUCAGAAACAGAGAGGUCGUAGAUUGUGUCGAUUGUUCGAUGCGUUUUAACAGCAAGAUUAGCGGUGAAACAGCUCUCGCUUCUUCGCUUGCGUUUAUUGCCUGCGUAUACCUUUCCAGCUGGGGACCCGACACAAAACUGCGAGUGCGCUAAGAGACGUCAACAAGACCACGUCCUCACCGUUAGGAUUGUUGUUGUGUACUUCGUGAAGGCUUGGUGCUGGGGAAGCGGUGACUCUAUCAUCAUGUUCAAGAAAAAGAGCUCGAAGAACAGCGUGACCAUUACUCAGAGAAAAGCUACCAACACAGAGCUGACAGCCCUGAUUGAGAAGCUGCAGAAGAAUGCUGACAAGGUUGAAAAGAACAUCUACGACACUGAACAGAACCUCACCAGAGAUGUGAAUAAGAUCAAUGAGGGUAAGCAGACCCUGUAUCAGGAAGAUACCAACAAGAAGAUUCUCGCUUCCCUGGAGCUGCUGAAUGGCCUGGAUGAGGAUGCCGCCAACGCCACCCGCCUCCAGCACCCACAGGCUGAGAUGAUUGAGCAGGAUGUUAAGCAGCUGCGGUAUCGCGUGAUGAAGCUCCGCGAGGAGCAUGACAGGAUUUACAACGUGACGCGCUCUGAAGGGCUGCCCAGCGUCAACUGGGGGAAGAUCAUUGAGGAGAAGCAGGCGAACCUCAAUAAUGAGGGAUUUGGGAAUGACUUGCCCACAGUUGAAAAUGAGUUGGUGGAACACAAUCUUUUCCACAGUGAAGUGGAGGCCUUGGGACCACACAUAACUGAUAGCGAUGACAAGGAUUAUGUCAGUGGCUUGCAGUUGAAAUACAACAAACUCCUGGCCAGUUCGAGUGCUCGCCAGCGUGACCUGAUCUCCCUGAGGGACUUCAUGCAGCGGUGCACCAAUGAGCUCUACUGGAUGGACCAGCAGGCAGGGGAGCGAGUCAGAUACGACUGGAGUGAUGCCAAUCUGGAUUACCCAGCUCGGCAGAGGCAAUACGAGAACUUCAUUGCCAAAAGUCUUGAAUCCAAGGAGGCGACAAUCAACAGUCUGAACGAUGAUGGGGAAAAGCUCAUAGCUGAAAAACAUCCUGGAAGGAACGUCAUUGAGGCACAUAUGGAAGCAGUGCAUGCAGAUUGGAAAGAGUAUCUCAACCUGCUCAUCUGUGAGGAAAACCAUCUCAAGCACAUGGAAGAGUACCACAAAUAUCAUAAGGAGGCUAGGGACACCCAGGACUUGCUGAAGAGACUGGACACAGAGAUCAAUCAGAAAUACAACCCAGAGUUUAAAGACAUGUACCAGAUGGAAGGACUGAUCUCUGACUUGGAUGACCAGGCGAAGGGCAUGGAUCACUACGACACGCGCGUGAGGCUCCUGCAGAAGCGGAGCCAGCAGAUUCUCCCUCUGAAGUUCCGCAGGGAGACGCCCAAUAAGCUCCUCCCUGUGGAGGCCCUGUGCGAUUUCGACACAGAGGAGGGACAGAUCACCCGUGGAGAGAGGUACACCCUUCUCAAGAACAACGGUCUUCAGUGGGACAUUAAAGAUCAUGCCGGACGAAGGCUGACUAUGCCUGCUGUUUGCUUUAUUAUUCCCCCGACUGACCCAGAGGCUGUCUCCAUUGCUGAAAAUCUUGCUAACCAGCAGAAAACCAUCAAAAAGAAUAUCACUGACAGCAAAGGCACGCUAACAAAACGACUUGAAGACCUUAGGAAAGAAAGCAGUGGUAACGAUAAGCAGGAACAACAGUGUCGUCAGCUGAUGGCUGGUCUGGAAAAAGUAACCAAUGAUCUGGACAAGCAGGAGAAGGCCAUCUAUGCCCGAGUGCGCCCCCCACUGGAGCAGAAUCGUGCUCUCCAAGACAGCACGGACAGACUGCAAGAGCUGAAGGAUAUUGAGGGUGCUGUUCGGAAAAUAGAGCCAGAAAAGGCGUCCAAAGUCCGUGAAGCUGAGACCUUUUUGGCAUCUAAGCCAAAAUGUGCCAGUGCCCCUCAGCUGUACACCAAACUGGAUGAGGCCAACAAAAAAUGUGACAAGGUCAACCUGCUACUCAAGUACUCAGAGGACAAGCUUAAGAAUUCCAACCACCUGGAGAACUCCCUGCAAAACGGGAAGACUUUGCUCUCCACCUAUGAGAACAAACUAGCCAGGGAGGAAGCUGCUCCAUCAGACUUGAAUUCCCUUGAUAAUGCGCUACAAGAUCUGGCUACGAUGUCCGCGGAGGUGAGAUCGAAGAAACCCGCAGUUGCUGAGACGGAGCAGAAUCUCAGGGCUGCCAAGGUCAGCUGCGAGAACAUGGCCAACAAGCUGCAGGAGCACUGCCCCGACAUUGAGAGGCAGGAGGCUGAGGUCCAGAAGCUCAGCAAACGCUAUGACAACCUCAACAGGCAGAUAGAUAACAGGUCUCAAAGUCUUCAAAGAGCCAAAGUUGCUUAUAACAACUAUCGAAAUGAAUAUGACAGCCUCAACAACUGGCUGUCCCGGGUGCCAAACUAUGAGCCACGGGAAACAGAUGAUGUCAGACAAGUGGAGGCAAAACUGAAAAACCAAAGAAAUCUGCUGUCUGAUAUUGCAAGAAAAGAGUCUGAUUUAAACAAUGUGUCAAAGAAUGCCCAACUGUAUCAGCAAGCAGUCAAGGAUUAUGAAACUGAAACUGAAAAAUUUAAGUCCAUUCUUGACCUUGAGGAUGGCCUAGUCCCACAGACAUACAAAAGAAGUAGGCUAGAGUCCCCAGCAAUGAAGGUCAAGAAUGAGGAAUCUGCAAUUGAAGCCAAAUUCACUGAAGUUAAUGCUGUCAACAAGCAGAGACUACAGAACCUUGAAUAUGCACAAAGUCUUCUGAAUCAGCAACCAGAGGUUGCAGUCAUACAGCAAAAUGUCCAGUCUGUGCAGUCAGCUGCACCAGGACAGGAACCGUGGAGGAUAAGGAAACAGCUGGAAGAAGAGAUCCAGAGGAGACAGCAACUUGAGAAGGAAAUCCAGACCGUUCAGAGUGACAUUUAUGUGUUGGAAGGCCAGAAACCACAAGACACUGUAGUCAAGAAGGAGCUGAUCAAGAGGGUGCCCGAUCCACAGCUCGAUGAGGAGGUCAGCAAAGUCCAGCAGAGGCUGUCUGAGGAGCAGAGAUCAACUCGAGCACUGGAGACAGAGCUGGAGACCCUUCGCCUCAAACUGCGCGGGAUAGAAACAGAGAAACGGGAGAACGCGCAGCAGUACACGGUUAAAGAGGUGCUCCGUAUAGAGAGAGACAGGGGACAAGAGGAGGAGGUGAGGAGGCUGAGGGACGAGCUGGAGGAGCUCAAGAGGCAGAAGACGGUCAAGGACAACGAAAUCGUCCAAAUCCAUAGGCAAGUCACUCUUCUGGCAGAGCAGAAGUCUAAAGAGCAGGAAGUGAUAACAGAGGAAGAAGUCAUCAAGGUGCAAAAUGACCCCCAGCUGGAGAGCGAGUAUCGACUUCUGCUGGACAGGAAGCAGAAAGACGUCAGUAGCAGGAAGGAACUUGAAGAUGAACUCCGAUUCCUGUUGGAAAAAUUGAAGAGGCUGGAAAAGGAAAAGGCCAUAGCUGAGGAGAAAAUUUCCAUCAAAGAGGUCCUGAAGAUGGAAAAGGACAUUACACUUGAGAGGCAGGUAGAGAAUCUCAGGCGUCAGCACGAAGAUGAAAAGGCGAAACGCAGGUCUUCUCAAAGGGAGAAAGCAGAUCUUCAGAGGAAAAUUACAAGCCUGGAGGAAGAGAAAUCAAAGGUCAUUAUUCAGGAGAAAAUGCGGGAGAUUGUACGGCCUGAUCCAAAGGCUGAAAACGAGGCGGCUAAUCUCCGUCUCGACCUGGUUGAACAGCAGAGAAGAUACAAGGAGACAGAGCUCCAGCUGAAGGCUCUCCAGGAUGAACUGAAGAUGCUUAAGAACCGUGGCCCACAGAUUGAGUACAAGGAAAUCAUCAAAGAAGUCAUCAAAUACAAAAUGGACCCACAGACCGAAAGGGAGCUGGAAAAGCUCAGGAAUGAAAUUGUCGACAAAACUCACCAAACAGAAAGGGCUGAGAUGGAAAUCCGGCAGCUGAAGGACGAGAUUCAGAGGUGGAAAGACACCAAGCCUCAGGUGCAGACCAAAGAGGUUGUGAAUGAGGUUCUUCAGUAUCGUGAAGACCCCAAAACCAAGGAGGAAGUGGAGACCCUCAAAAGAAAGCUUGCUGAUGAGCAGAAGAAGCGCUUGGACUUGGAGAGGGAGAAGUCUGCAAAUGAGGAAAAGAUUCGACUGAGGAAGAUUGACCUUUCACAGGUGAGAGAGAAGUUUGUCCAGCAGGAGGUUGUGAAAAUGGAGCAAGACCCACUUCUGCAUUCCGAAUGCCAGACGUUCUCCAAGAACAUCAACAGCGAGCAGAGACAGAAGGAGACCCUCAAGGAUGAGCUGCUCAGACUUCAGCGGCAAAAAGCAGAUUUGGAACUGCAGCUGCAGGAGCUCGAGCGUGAGCGCAGGGAAAGGAGAGAAGCUGAGCUGGAGAUCCAGAGACUGAGAGUCCGCCUUAAUGACCUGGAAAUCAGGGACAAGGAAAAUCGGGAGAAGGUGACCGUGAAACAAAAGGUGGUCCUUCAGCAAGAUCCCCAGCAGGAAAAAGAACAUUCCAUUCUGAAAGUGCAGGUGGAGGAAGAGCGGCACAAGCGAAUGCUGCUUGAGAAGGAGCUCAAUGUUUUACUGCAACAGCAGUUGACCCUUGAGAAGACGGAAGUGCGGGAAAAAGUGGUCCGGUCUGAGAAGGUUCAAGUGGAGAAAGAUCCUGAGGCAGAGCUGGAGAUUGAGAGGCUGAGGAAUACCUUGGAUGACGAGACGAAGCGUCGGCGUGAGCUGGACCAGCAGCUUGCGAAUCUCAACUCCAAAUUAUCUGACAUGGAGUUCGGCAACACCAAGUCCUCUAGAGAAUUGGAAUACCUGCGAGACGAAAGCAACAAGCUGCAUCAAGAGAAUCAGCGCCUGCAGAAUGAAAUCAGGAAACUGCAGACAGAAAUCCACAUCACGGCAAAGGAGACCAAACAAAUCACAGAGUCAGCCCCAAUGGAGAAUGGAAAGAACCUCGAGCUGCGGCUGGCUUCCCUUCAGAAGGAGCUGUCUGACCUGAGGAGCAUCACCAGUGAAAAAGACAGGGAGAUCGAGCGACUCCAGAAGAACCUGUCCACCAUGAAAAUCAAAAGGGAGCAGAGGGAGAGCCACCUCCGGCGCUCCAUUGUUGUCAUCGACCCAGACACAGGCAAGGAGAUGAGGCCGGAUGAGGCCUACAAACUGGGACUCAUAGAAUGGAAAAUGUUUGUAAACCUUCAGAGCCAAGAGUGCGACUGGGAGGAGAUCACUGUCAAGGGCCCCAAGGGCGAAUCGUCAGUCCUUCAUGACCGAAAAUCAGGCAAGAGGUUCUCCAUUGAUGAUGCACUGAGGGCAGGCAACAUCACAAACCGUCAACUGCAACAGUACCAAAACAAAGAAAUAUCCAUCCAAGAGUUUGGCUUAAUGGUGUCUGGUAGAAAAAAAUAACUCUCAAAAGAACAUGUCAUUUUUUCCUCUGACUUGAAAUAUUUGCAUGGGUAUCAACUUUAUCCAAAUUAUUUUACUAUGCGUUACCUUGAAAUGUUAUUUUGAUAUUUUUUUCCAACUUUUCUGUGCACUCUUAUUUGAGAAUGGGAAAUGUGGGAAGUGGUCUAAUGUAAAGAUUAAAUAAUGUCCUGGUUCAUUUAAACCCCUUCCUUUUUAACUGUCAAUGCACUGUUACAAGAUUUAAUUUCAAAUUAAUACAUAUGCAUGAAAUGCUGUUCCUUUAAUAAAACAUUUUUGGUUAAAUAAGAUGUUCUGUCUGAUUGUGUAGUAAAUUGUGUUUUUAAAAUCAGAACUAGACAGCAUUUUGUACCUUUACACCUUUGAGGUCAGAGCACUUGGCUCCCAUAACCUCUCUUUAUAUCAUGUAUUAUACCAAUAUCUUUGAAUAAAAAGUGAUUAUAUAUUACAUGUCUUUUUUUUUUUGUGAACCUGGGGAAUUUUCAAUACUUUAUCA